CCCUCACACGCGCUCUUCCCUUGCAUGCGCAGCAAGGACGUCAAGCACUGGGCAGUCCACAGCAGCGUGCCCAGCAGCCUCGCCGACCCGUACGCCGACGACGACGACAUGGCGCCCGGCGCCGCCACGCGCGCCGCGGCGGCCCACGACGACGCCGAGGCGCCCAGCCCGGCGCACGACUGGGACGCCUUUGUCGCCGGCGCGGCGCGCAGAGUGGCCAGCACGAGCACCAAGGAGCGCCUCGUCUUUCUGCAGCAGCGCCUGCUGCCGCUGGCCAAGGAUGCAGAGAGCGGCCUGGAGGCGGCGCAGCGCACCGAGCUCGUGGCGCUGCUCGUGCCCAUGUACGCGCGCUACGUCGACCGCGCCUCGCAGCUGGCCGCACAGGCGGCCCUCGAGGCGCUGCUGCGUGCGCCGUCGGCCACCGAGAGCUCCGGCGGCGCGCCGCCGUUCCUCAAGUACGCUGUCGGCUACCUGCGCCGCGACGCCGAGCGCCUCUGCAAGGCGGGCGCAGCGGGCGUCGCAUCGACGCGCAUCAAUCUGCUCAGCUGGCUCUGCUGCACCUUUGCCGCACUGUGCGCCGAGAGCGAGCCGAGCAAGAGCGUCUGCUGGGAGCCGCUCGUCGGCAGCAUUGCCCUGGCGUAUGACUCGCUGAUGGGCAGCGAGCUGCGGCCGGCGCUGAAGCGCUCGGUGCUGCGCAGUACGCGGAGGACUGUCAGACAGAACCACACGCAGAUCCCGGCCCUCGUCGAGACGCUCACCGCCACGGCAGCCGGUCCGGCCGCACUGCGCGCCGUCACGCUCCUGGGCCUCAUUGUCGAUGUCUCUCUGCGUCUGCGCAUCGGCGGAGAGGCGGCCAAGGGCGAGGCAGGCGGCACUGGCCGCAGCUACGUCAGCACAGCCAAGCCCGCCAUUCUCUCCUUCUUCACAAGCCACGUCGUGUCGUCCAAGACGGCCGUGCCGGAGCACGUGCAUGCCGCCCUGCACGACUUUGUUGCUGCCGAAGUGACAGAGGAGGACAUGACGCAGACGCUGCGACCUGCGAUGGAGAAGAUGCUGCUGCGCUCGCCCGAGCUGGCCCUGCCCGUCGCCUCGAGCUGCUUCGCAGCGUAUGCCGGCAAUGUCGGGCCGCACCUCAAGGCACUGCAGAACGCCAUCAUGUCGGCUUCACGCUCCAGCGCCGCUGCUACCCGCACGCGCGCCGUGGCGCUCUUCGGCACGCUCGUGGCGCGGAGUAGCGCCGCAGACGUGCGCGGCGGCAUCGACGAGUUCCUCGCGGUGCUCAAGAGCGGCAAGGCCAGCUCGCCAGACCACCGCGCCGCGCUGUUCCAGAUGCUGCACGUCGUGCCGGCAAGCGCAGAGCUCAGUCCGGCCAUCAGCGAAGUCGUCGCAGGCACGCUGGCAAAGGAGGCGCAAGAAGCAGCCAUGCAGGCAGCCAUGAGCGCCCUCUCGGCUCAUCUCGGAUACUGCCUGCGCUCCAACAUUGCCGUGCCUGCCUCAGUCGCGCCGGCGCUCUGCAAGGAGCUGCAAAAUGCGAAGAUCCCGUUGCGCAAGGCCGUCAGUGCCGGCGUUGGAUCGCUGCUCUGGGAGCUGCCGGCCGAUGGCAGCGCCUCGGCUGCAGCCAAGGCUUUUGGCGAUGCGCUGCUGCCGGGACUCGAGGCCAACAUCAAGGCAGCCACGACCAACACGCUCACGUCUCCUGCUGGACCGCUUGAGGGCUACGUUGCCGUCGCGGUCAUCGAGGGGCGGCUCGCCCAGUGGGGCGGCGCAGCCAAGAUACGCUCGGACAAUGCCGUGCUGCAGAGCAUCGCAGCCGGCGGCAUCAAGCCCUCCUUUGUGCUCUGGGACAAGGUGUAUCGGCGAGCGACGAGCGACGCCGAGGAGCUGUGGUUCGUGCGGGCGCUCGAGAGCGUCCUCACAGGCCACGCAUCGACGCUCAAGAGCGAGCCCAGUGGGCGUGUCGCUGCCGCCAUGGCACUGAUGCAUGCCGUGUUUGGUAGCACACACAACUCGACGUCGCGCGCGGCCGUCAAGUCGACGCAGGUGCUGGCGCGCAGCGAUGCGGAGCUGGCAGCGGCGCUCGUGCAGCACGGCGUCAACGACUGGCUGCAGAAGCGUGCACAGCAGCAAGCCGUCGCGAAGAGUGCCAAAGAUGCAGCAGAGGAGGAUGCCGCAAGCAAGACGCGCGACGUCUCGCGUCCGCUGCGUGCGCUACUGCAGGCGGCCGCGUCGUCGUCCGAAGCGACGGAGGAGUCGGUGCGGCAAAGCGUCCUCGUCGGCCUGCUGGUUGUGGCGCACCAUGCCGCGCUCGAGGACCGGGACCGCGCCUUCUUCAUCGACCUCGUGCAGCGCUCGCGCCUUGACCCGCGCGUGCUGGUCGAGCAGCGUCUCGCCGAGCUGCUCGCGACGGCGCGCGAUGCCGUUGAGCUGCCGUACCUGCGCGACGCUGCAUUCGCCGCGUACUCGACGCUGGUGCUCGUUGCGCCCGACAUGGCCAUCUCGCAGCUCGUGCUGGACAUCCAGAACAACGUGCAGCUGGUCGAGCUCGCCGCGCUUACGUCGGACGACCUGGGCAUGUGGCGCACCGAGGAGGGCACGCUCUUCAUCGACAUUCUCUCGGCCAAGAAGGAGAAGACGGCAGAGAAGCGCAACCACAAAGACGCCAAGAUUGAGGCGUGGGAGGCGGAGCUGCGCGAGUCCAUCGCCCGCAAGAAGGCCGCCGAGAACAAGACGUACACGCGCGACGAGAAGGCGGCCAUCGAUGCGCAGCUCAACGUCGAGGCGGCCGCACGAGCGCGCGUGGCUGCCCUGGAGCUGCGCCUCACGCGUGCGCUGCGCACCAUCAGCAGCAUCGUCGCGGCGCACGUCGAGGAGAUCGACUCGGCAAUGUCAACGCUCACGCGCCUCGUGCUCAGCGUGCUUGGCAUCUCGCAGGCCUUGACGCUGUCGCGCGACGAAGCGCUGCGCGCCUUCUCUGCGCUCUCGUCGUGCAUCUCGCCGCGCCUGGCGGACUACGAGGUGUCGAUGCGCUCAGCACUGCUCCGAAGCGUCGACGAGCAGCUUGUCAGCGAAGACCUGCGCCGCGAGUCCUUUGGCGAGCUCGUGGCGCGUGUCCUCUACCGCCUGCGCUUCGUCGCCGAGCAGGGGCCGCUGGACCUCACGACGGUCUCGUUCGUCGCCCCGCUGCUCACCAGCGUCAUCACGCAAGGCGGCCUCGGCGUGCCCGAGGACGACUCGGAGAGCGCUGCCGAGCAGGUGCAGCUGGCGCUCGACUUCAUCGCCUACCACGCCGGCGCAUGCAGCGACGUGCGCUUCCCGCGCCUCGAGUUCAUCGACGAUCUGGCGCACGUCGUCGCCAAGCACGGCCAGCUGGCCAAGGACGCCGUCUCGGCGAUGCGCUCCAUGGGCGAGGCGAUGAAGACGUCUGCGACGGGUGACGAGAUCAGCAACAUCCUGCGCCAUGCGCUUGCAGACGAGGUCUCGGUGCGCUCGGGCAGCCUGCAGGCGCUGCUGCCGCUCGACUUGACGAACAUCGAGUUCUGCGUCGAGCUCUGGCUGGCGUGCCACGACGAGGACGAGGAGAAUGCGCGUCUGGCGGAGAAGGCGUGGGAGGAGAAUGGCCUGGACGUGCCCGAGGUGUUCGCUCCGGCGCUCGUGCCGCUGCUGGAGCACACGCACGUCUUUGUGCGCCUCAGCACCGGCCGUGCGCUGGCCGAGGCGGCACGCAUGCACCCCGAGGCCGUCACCGACGUCAUUGCGGCGCUGCGGCAUCUGUACGAGCUGCGCGCCGUCGAGCUCAAGCCCGAGCUGGACAAGUACGGCCUCGUCAUCGACUCGACGGUCGGACGCGAGGACCCCUGGCGCACGCGUGUGGCCAUUGCGCUCGCCUUCCAGCACCUGGCGCCGCUCUUCAACGGCAGCGACGUGGAGCCGUUCUUCGAGUUCCUCAUCCAGGGCGAGGCGCUUGGCGACCGCUCCGAGGAGGUGCGGCAGAAGAUGCUGGAUGCCGGCUCGGCCGUCAUCGACGCACUGGGCGCCGAGCGCCUGGCUGAGCUCAUCCACAUGUUCGAGUCGUACCUCGCGCACCCGACGCCGUCGACGGAGAGCAACGACGGCGUGACGGAGGCCGUGGUGAUCCUGUUUGGCCGCCUGGCGCGCCAUCUCGACUCGAAGGACCCGCGCGUCGGACAGGUCGUCGAGCGCCUCAUCAGCGCGCUCGCCACGCCGUCGGAGCUGGUGCAGGUCGCCGUCACCGACUGUCUGCCGCCGCUCGUGCGCUCGCUCGGCCCCAACGUGCGCCCGCUGGUCGAUCGCCUCUUCAGCAACCUGCUGGCCGGGCCCAAGUACGCGCUGCGCCGUGGCUCGGCGUACGGUCUGGCGGGCGUGGUCAAGGGCCGCGGCAUCUCUGCCAUUGCCGAGUUCCGCAUCAUGCAGCGCCUGGCCGACGCCAUCGAGGACAAGAAGAGCUCGCAGGCGCGGCAGGGCGCCAUGAUGGCGUACGAGACGCUCUCGGCCACGCUCGGCCGCCUCUUCGAGCCGUACGUGCCCGGCAUUCUGCCGCACAUGCUUGUGGGCUUCGCCGACGGCACGCCCGACGUGCGCGAGGCGACGCAGGACACGGCGCGCGUGCUCAUGUCCAACGUCACCGGCUACUGCACCAAGAUCAUCCUGCCCACGCUCCUCGAGGGCCUCGAGGACAAGCAGUGGCGCACGAAGAAGGGCGCCAUUGAGCUGCUCGGCGCCAUGGCGUACUGUGCGCCGCGGCAGCUCUCGGCGGCCCUGCCCACCAUCAUCCCCAACCUCAACGAGCCGCUCAAGGACUCGCACACGCAGGUGCGGCAGGCGGCCGAGCGAGCGCUGGCCGGCUUCGGAGGCGUCAUCUCGAAUCCCGAGAUCAAGAAGCUUGUGCCCGUGCUCCUCAAGGCGCUCAUCGACCCCACGGCCAAGACGCAGGCGGCGCUCACGCGCAUUCUGCGCACGUCCUUUUCGCACGUGCUCGACGGCCCGUCGCUGGCGCUCGUCGUGCCGAUUCUGGAGCGUGGCCUGCGCGAGCGCAGCGCGGCGAUCUCGAAGGACGCAUCGCGCAUCGUCGGCAAUCUGGCCAGCAUCACCGACUCCAAGGACUUUGUGCCGUACUUGAAGAACCUCGUGCCGCUCGUGCGUCUCGUGCUCGUCUCGCCCGUGCCCGAGGCGCGCGCCGUGGCGGCCAAGGCGCUCGGCACGCUCGUGGAGCGCCUCGGCGAGGUCAACUUCGUCGAGCUCGUGCCGUCGCUGCUGCAGGUGCUGCGAUCCGACGCGACGGGUGUCGACCGGCAGGGCUCGGCGCAAGGUCUGGCCGAGGUGCUCGCGGCGCUCGGCAUCGAGCGCAUGGCCUCGCUGCUGCCCGAGGUGGUGGGCUAUGCGUCGAGCCCGCGCGCCUACGUGCGUGCCGGUGCGCUCUCGCUGCUCAUCUACCUGCCCGCCACGUUUGGCCCGACGCGCUUUGCGCCGUACAUGUCGCGCAUUGUGCCGCCGAUUCUGUCGGGCAUUGCCGAUCCCGAGGAGCCGGUGCGCGACGCCUCGAUGCGCGCCGGCCGCAUGAUCAUCAACCAGGACGCAUCCAAGGCCGUCGACCUGCUGCUGCCGCACCUCGAGCAGGGCAUGUUCGACGAGAACUGGCGCAUCCGCAUGUCGUCGAUCCAGCUUGUGGCGGACCUGCUGUUCAAGUGCGCCAGCAUCUCGGGCAAGAACGAGGUCGAGGACGGCGAGGACGGCGAGGGCGCGGCCGAGGAGAAUACCAUGGUCGGCAACUCGAUCCAGAAGCAGCUCAUCGAGGCGCUCGGCCAGGACCGCCGCGACGCCGUGCUUGCCGGCCUGUACAUUCUGCGGCAGGACUCGGUGGUCAACGUGCGCCAGAUGGCCAUCAACAUCUGGAAGUCGCUCGUGUCCAACACGCCAAAGACGGCGCGCGAGGUGCUGCCCGUCAUGCUCAACAUCAUCAUCAAGAGCCUCGCCUCCGAGGGCGUCGAGCAGCGCGAGAUGGCCGGCCGCACGCUCGGCGAGCUCGUGGCGAAGCUGGGCGAGCGCAUCCUGGGCGAGUCGAUCCCGCUGCUGCGCCUCAAGGGCGCCGAGGCCACCGAGCCGCUGCUGCGCGCCGGUGUCUGCUUUGCCGUCACCGAGAUUCUCGCGGGCGCGACCAAGACGCAGCUCGAGGACCACGAGGACAGCCUCAUCGCCAUUGUGCGGCACGGCCUCGUCGACGAGUCGGCCAAGGUGCGGCAUGCGGCCGCGCAGGCGUUCGACUCGAUGCAGCAGGUCAUCGGCUCGCGCGCCAUCGACGAGACGAUCCCGACGCUGCUCGGCGCGCUGCAGAGCCAGGACGCCGGCGGCAGCUCCGAAACGGCGCUGGCGGCGCUGCGCGAGGUGAUGCGUGCGCGCGGCGACGUCGUCUUCCCCGUCGUGGUGCCGACGCUCACGGCGCAGCCCAUCACGGCCUUCAAUGCGCGUGCGCUCUCGGCGCUGGUGCGCGCUGCGGGCACGGCGCUCAACCGCCGCCUCUCGGGCAUCCUGACGGCGCUCUCCAAGUCGCUCGACGCCGAGCAGGACGAGAGCGUGCGGGCGGAGCUUGACGGCGCCGUGGCGAGCAUCCUCGGCACGGUGGCCGACUUUGACGGCGUGCACCAGCUGAUGCUGCUGCUGCUCGGCUGGGCCGGCUCGGCGGAGAGCCCCGCGAAGCGCGCCACGGGCUGUCGCUUCUUUGCCGUCUUCUGCCGCGUCAUGAACGCCGACGUGGACAUGGGCGACUACUACGUCGACUGGGUGCGGCGCCUCAUCUCGCUCUUCGAGGACCGCACGCCGGCCGUCGUCGACGAGGCGUGGGCGGCGCUGGACGUGUGCCUCAAGACGGUGCCCAAGGGCGAGAUUGAGAAUCUCGUCGUGCCCAUGCGCCGCACCGUCGAGAGCACGGGCGCGCCGGGGGAGGACCUGCCGGGCUUCUGCCGGCCCAAGGGCGCCGCGCCGCUGGUGCCCGUGUUCCUCGCUGGUCUCCUCAACGGCACGGCCGAGCAGCGCGAGCAGGGCGCGCUGGGUCUGGCCGACAUCGUCGAGCGCACGUCUGCCGACGCGAUCAAGCCGCUCGUCGUCUCCAUGGUCGGCCCGCUCAUCCGCGCGUGCGGCGACCGGCACCCCGCAGCGGUCAAGGCGGCCAUCCUGUCUGCGCUCACGACGAUGCUGCAACGCGUGCCGCAGCACACCAAGCCCUUCCUGCCGCAGCUGCAGCGCAGCUUCCAGAAGGCCGUGACGGAUCCGACGUCUCCCAACGUCCGCAACCGCGCGGGGAUCGCCUUGGGAGUGCUCAUGUCGCUGCAGGCGGCGCGCGUCGAUGCCGUGGUGCUCGAGCUGGUCGGCCACGCGCGCCCUGGUGCCGGCGGGCCCCUGCCGGCCGCCGGAGCUGCCUCGACUGCUGCGCCGGUGCCAGGAGCAGCGGAUGCCAAGACGAUCGCCGACUCGUGCAUGCAGGCCUUGGUGCGCGUGCUCGACUCUGCAAAGACGAUUGGCGCACCGGCACGCGAGGCCAUCGAUGCCCUGCUGCGCGAGACGUUCGAGGCCGGGGGAUUCCCGCACGAGAGCUUCAAGGUGGCUGCUGCCGACGUCCUGGCGCUGCUGCUCGCCUCGCAUGACGAGGAGGCAGCCACGGCCCUCGUACAGGAGCAUGUGCUGCCUCAGACGGACCCGCAGCUCGCCGCGCUUGCCGUCGCGGCCAUGGCGCAGCGCGCCCCGCAGCAGCUGUACGACGUUGGCGUGCAGACCAAGCUGGCGCGCGCCGUGGGCAACUGGGCGGCAGCAGACCCUCAGGUGGCGCGUCCGGCGCGCGAGGCGCGCGAGGCGAUGCGCAAGCAUGAGCCGUGGUGCAGUGACUCGGCGGUGCUCGAUGUGCUCUAGAGAGUCGGGCUGUGACUCGACACAAAAAAUGCAAAAUGCUCAUCCAAGGACC